AUGUCGCCGUCUGCGAACCCCAAUCACCGCGCUUGGUGGAAAGAGUGCUCGGUUUAUCAGAUCUGGCCGGCCUCAUACAAGGAUUCGAACGAUGAUGGUAUCGGUGAUAUCCCUGGAAUUAUUUCCCAGCUUGAUUACAUCAAGAACAUCGGGGUAGAUAUUGUCUGGUUAUGCCCCUCAUACAAGUCCCCGCAGGUCGAUAUGGGAUAUGACAUCGCCGAUUACUAUAGCAUCGCAGACGAGUAUGGCACGGUCGCAGAUGUCGAGAAGUUGAUUCAGGGAUGCCACCAGCGUGGAAUGAAGCUUCUCAUGGAUCUGGUGGUGAAUCACACGAGCGACCAGCAUGAGUGGUUCAAGCAAUCACGGAGCUCGAAGGACAAUGAGUACCGGAAAUGGUAUAUCUGGAAGCCUGCAAAGUAUGAUGAGCAGGGUAACCGGCAUCCUCCCAAUAACUGGGUUUCUCAUUUCCAAGGGAGUGCUUGGAAAUAUGACGAACUGACGGAUGAGUAUUAUCUUCACCUGUACGCCACCGAGCAGCCCGAUCUUAACUGGGAGCACCCUCCAGUCCGCAAGGCAGUCCACGAUAUCAUCCGCUUUUGGCUCGACAAGGGCUGUGAUGGAUUCCGGAUGGACGUGAUCAACUUCAUCAGUAAAGAUCAGGGCUUCCCUGAUAUACCUGUGAAGGAUCCGCGAACCCCAUGGCAAUGGGGAGACAGAUACUACGCCAACGGGCCUCGCUUGCACGAAUACUUGCAAGAGAUUGGCAAGAUCCUCAAAGAAUAUGAUGCUUUCAGCGUCGGUGAGAUGCCUUUCGUCAAGGACGAGAAAGAAGUGCUUCGAGCUGUUCAAUUCGACCGCAAUGAGAUCAACAUGAUCUUCAACUUUGAGCAUGUUGACAUUGACCACGGAGAGUUCGAUAAAUUCGAGCCUGGCAGUUGGAAGUUGACCGAUCUGAAGGACUUCUUCCAGCGAUGGCAAACCUUCAUGUAUGAGAACGACGGUUGGAAUGCUCUUUAUUGGGAGAACCAUGAUCAGCCACGAUCGAUUGAUCGCUACACCAACGCCGAUGAGGGGCACCGCGUUAUUGCAGCUAAGAUGCUGGCAAUUGCCUUGGCCUUGCAGUCCGGUACACCAUUUAUAUACCAAGGACAAGAGCUUGGAAUGCGGAAUGUUCCUGCAUCAUGGGGUAUCGAAGAGUACAAGGACAUUGACUGUCUGAACCAUUGGAACAGAUUGAUCAAAAACAAGCACUUCGACACCAAGGCCCAACAAACCGCCCUCCAGGAGUACCGCAAAAAGUCCCGCGACAACGCACGCACUCCCGUUCAAUGGUCCGAUGCUCCUAACGGCGGUUUCACCGGUCCCAACGUCAGACCCUGGAUGUCCGUCAACGACGACUAUGUCCGAGUCAAUGCUGCAGCGGCAGUGAAAGACCCGAACUCUAUCUACCACUUCUGGGCCUCUGUGCUCAACUUGCGCAAGAAGCACCUGGACCUUUUUGUCUAUGGUGAUUGGAAGAUCGUGGACGCCCCAAGCCAGGAGGUAUUUGCGUAUACUCGCCAGUACGAAGACCAGAAGGCUCUGAUUCUGUGCAACUGGACGGAUAAAAAUGUGACCUGGGAUGCGUUGAGUAAUGGAAUUUGUGCGGUCAAGAGUGUGCUAUUGAAUAAUUACGAACGAUCGGCUGAGGCAUCGAAGCGCUUUAGUGGGGGAAAUAUGCCCUCCGACCUUACGAGGCGUUUGUGCUGCUUGUGUAAAGGAGCAAACACCCUCUUCCUCGGUACAACACGGGAUACCUUCGAAGGCCGCUCCGUCUCGCAGUUAAGCUACACCACAUACCCACCGCUCGUGCUGAAGACGUUAACGGCGAUCGCGGAGGACGCUGUCAAGAAACACCAGCUCAAGGGUGUGAGUAUUGCGCACAGACUGGGCGUUGUGCCUAUUGGGGAGGCUUCUAUUGCGAUUGCGGUUAGUUCGGGACAUCGGGCUGCGUCUUGGAGGGCAGGAGAGGAGAUUUUGGAGGCUUGUAAGGAGAGGGCGGAGAUUUGGAAGAGGGAGGAGUUUGUUGAUGGGGGGAUGGAGUGGAGGGCUAAUGCGGAUCGGGAUGCGGAGGGGAAUUUGGUUAAGAAGGAUGGUUCUUGA